AGGUACUUAAAGAACAAACAGGCACCGGCGAGUGGAACUCAGGUUCCUUAUCUUGACACGUAGAAAACAGAGUCUUUCCACAAUUGCGACCCGAGUAGCCGAUGGGCAGUGGAGUUGGUAAGGGGAUCCGGAUGGCAUCACCAAUUUUUGAGAUCCGUUGUAUGUUGAGGAGGGUUCGAUGGGCUUCAUCUUCAUCGAAGGCGUCUGAUCGUCUUUCUGGUGUUAUUGAUACCGUCAACGACCGCAAGCUCCCCCCUGAACUCCGUGGCCAGCGUAACAACAUUAGGUCAGAAACGGAUAUAAUAAAUGUUGUUGAGCAAAGGAUUUGGCAUUCUAUGGAAGAGGGUCAUUUCGAGAAUCUACCCGGGAAGGGGAAACCGCUAAACUUAAACACAAAUCCUCAUGCAGAUCCGGCUGAGGACACGUUGUAUCGGAUACUUUCAAGGAACAAAUGUGCACCCGAAUGGGUCGAACUUAACAAAGGAAUCAGGAGUGAUGUUGCUGAAUGGCGCUUGAUAUUAAAGAAAGCAUGGUCUCACAAGGAGACUGGAGAUAUGAGUAAAUGGAAUGAAUAUUCAGAUUCAUUGAAAGAUCAGCUACGUAGCAUUAACAAUAAGGUUUUCAGGUAUAAUCUAAUUGUACCAUUUGGACGCCAGAUGUUCGGAUUAAAAUGGGAGAAAGAAGUUUCCCGCAUCGAACAAGAAGCGGCUGAUGCCUAAGAAACAAGAAUGCUUGUUAUCUUCAGCUUCUAUAUAAGCCUUCAGCCUUCCACUGCUAUGCUUUUUAAAGAUUUGACUUGUAAUGAGUCAUAUAUGUGUGUUGAAAUGAUUGUAGAACUCCACUGUAGAUCUUAAUAGAAUAAGUAUCUCCUUUUUAGGUGGAAUAGGGUAGUGGUGUUUAGUAUUCGGUUUGAAACCGAUGAACACCCCUCCAUGGGACACUAGAAUGUAUCUUGGUUAUAAGUUAAAAAGUUAAAUUGUAGUUAGCCUAUUCAUGAGGGUAGCCUCUUAGUGUGGGUUAACAGCAUAAAAA